AUGGAUACUCAGUUGUCAGCGAUUGAUCAUGUUACUUCAAUUCAUCAACAGGGACGGUCAUGGAGCAUCAGGGUCCGUGCUGUUGCUGUGUGGAGAAUACCAUUUGACCACAUUACACUGACACCCUCUUGCUUGGAUAUGAUCUUGAUGGACAGAAGGGGGACAAAGAUACAAGCUUCUGUGUGCAGGAGGCACCCUAUUACUCGUCCUAUUGAAGUUGGAAGGGUGUACAACAUAUCUCAUUUCAAGGUUGUUUUAAAUGAUGGUAUUCGAUUGACCCCUCAUGACUUUAGGUUGAUAUUCCAUACCUGCACAAGUGUUGCUGAAAGCUUUGAUGUUCGAAUCCCUCGCAAUGGCUUGUCUUUUUACAAUACUCAGAUUAUUCGUAACAGGGUUGGUGAUUUUACCCACCUGAUUGAUUGUUUGGGAGUUAUUUCUGCUGCUGGUCAAGAUAAGCUCUUCAUAAAAGACAGUCAGCUCACUAAGAUGUUGCAUAUUGAUCUCCAAGAUUCAAGGGGAAAAAUUAGAUGUCUUCUUAUUGGGAGUUUGGUGAACAUUGUUGCUAACUAUUUGGCUUCUAACUGGACUAAGAGGCCUACAAAUUUCUCAUUGAAGGCACACCUGUAUCUUCAAAAGUUCAUUUCAACCCAAACAUUCAUGAUGCUAUUGAGUUAA